AUGCCCUCGUCGAGCGACAAUCAGCAGGCCAUCAGCUCGGGCAUGCCUCUUGAUUCGAGUGGACAACCUCUUGAUGAUCAUAAUGACACCUCCACAAUCAUCGCGGCAGCGACGACGGUCUCGCUGAUUCUGCUAGGUCUAGCCUUGAUCUUUACGGUGCUCAAAGUGACGACGUGGAUGCGAAGGCAUUCGGAGUACAGUCGGCUCAGGGCAGUCAAGGCCCGGGUCGCCUAUCUCGAACAUCUCGAUCUCUCUAACAACAACCAACGUCAACUUCGCUCCCAGAACAACCUCGGAAGCCCUCUCCCGGACUCCAUCGCCAGUCCAGCUCAUCGGAACCUCAAAGUGGAUGGCCAUGGAACGAAGAAGCUCAGGAAUCUGUUCGAUAUUCAGGAGUAUGAGGGCACACCCGCCUGA